AAAAUAACAAACAAAUUUAACAUCGCAUUUUUUGAACCGGUAUUGCACUUUCCCCUCAUAAUAUAGUAGAGCCAUAAUCGUAGCAUCACCAAUAACAUCAACAACAAUAGCAACAGUUUACACAGCAUACUUGUAUUACGACGGCAUACUACAAAGUAGCAUACUAGUCAUUGUAUAGUCCACAGCCUAUCCGGACAUAACAUAUGUAUGUGCACUACAGUAAAAAAUGCUAAGCAUUUUAUUAAUAAAGUGGAGAAGAGGUUAAGCUUUUAUUUUAAACAUUUUUCGGUGUACUUUCUAUGAAAAAUAUUCAUUUACAAAUUUGAAUGGACUGCAUAGUGAUAGUUGUGCUUAAAAUUGAAUAUGUAUAUGAAAAACCAAAUGAGUGUUUUGAUGGAGAAAUUGAACACGACUUUCCAAUCGUGUCCUAUUAAUUUUGCCAACAAAUCCGACACGCUUAGUGACUUAAGCGAAAAUUUACAAAAUAUACCAAAUAACAUCCUACAAAAGUCUGGUGGCAAUAUUCAACUGCAACAAAUUGAUAUUCAACACCCACGACAUAUACAACAAGGUAACAAGGAACAUACUCUUAACUUAUCCGCUAAUAGCGCCACUAGCGAUACCUCAUCAACAUCCUUCCAUCAGCGAUUUGACAUCAGUCAAUUGAAGGUAAGUCUUUCCAAUCUCAAUUGCUUGCACAGUCUACAACAAUAUUGGCACCAACAACAGUCAGAAACCGCAUAUAUAGAUAAAAAUGAAGACAACGGUAUUAUCAGCAAUGGCUCUUAUUAUGCGAAAAAUAUAUUAGAUUAUACAUUUGGCUACAAAUCGGAAGCAAUCAAAGAAACGCCUUUACAAAAAUUCUACCGCAAUCAGCAACAAAAAAAAAUGCCAGCAUUCCGAGGCAGACGUGGUUGGUGUGGAUGUUUUCAAGAUGACGAACCACCAGAAAUUUGUGUAGUGGAAGGCGCGUUUACAUUACAAACUUUAACGCCCACUCAACCAAUGCCAUCUGUCGAUGAAGUUGAUACAAAGUUUGCCGAACUCGUCGAGGAACUUGAUUUGACGGCACCAAAUAAGGCAGCAAUGUUAAGUUUGCCUCCACAAAAAAAGUGGCAAAUUUAUGGGUCACGUAAGUCCCCACUUGAUACCAUUGAUGGAAGUUCAGCUACAAAUCUCAACCUACCACCAACUGUAGAACACUAUAUAGAGCAGUUGAAAGAUCUCUUACAUCACCUUCCUAUAGAUCCAGAGGAGUCACCAUAUCAUGAGUGCAAUACACGCAUGGAAAGUCACAAAACAUUCAUUGAUGCUCUUAAAACUGCACUGCGCACCUCAACACAUAGUUUUGUGUUGCGGUUUGUUGAAUUAGACGGUUUACCAGCAUUGUUAAGCCUUCUACAGAAUAUGAAUAUAAGUGUAGCGAAUAAUAUGCUACACACUAGUCUCAUUGGUUGCAUUAAAGCCUUAAUGAAUAAUUCAACUGGCCGUUCUCACGUACUCGCACAUCCAACUUCGAUAGAUAUUAUUGCGCGUUCACUGGCUGCAGAUAACAUUAAGACUAAAGUAGCUGCAUUAGAAAUACUGGGUGCUGUGUGCUUAGUACCUGGUGGACACAGAAAAGUAUUGCAAUCAAUGAUCAAUUUUCAAGAUUUUACAGCUGAACGAACACGUUUUCAGAGUAUAAUUAAUGAUUUAGAUCGUUGGUCUGGUGCUUAUCGUGAUGACGUUAAUUUAAAAACUGCAAUUAUGUCAUUCAUAAACGCUGUUCUUAAUUACGGCCCUGGUCAAGAAAAUUUAGAAUUUCGACUACACUUGCGCUAUGAAUUUUUAAUGCUAGGUAUACAGCCUAUCAUAGACAAAUUAAGAAAGCAUGAAAAUGAAACUUUGGACAGACAUUUGGAUUUCUUUGAAAUGGUUAGAACCGAAGAUGAAAAGGAAUUAGCACGUAAAUUUGACCAGGAGCACGUCGAUACUAAAAGUGCCACAGCCAUGUUCGACAUAUUACGUCGAAAGUUAAGCCAUUCAUCAGCAUAUCCACAUUUACUUUCUUUAUUGAAACAUAUGUUGCUGUUACCAUAUACUGGUCACUGUACACAGCAUUGGCUCAUGUUUGACCGAAUCGUGCAACAAAUUGUAUUGCAAACUCAAGAACGUCCACACUGCGAUAUAGAUUCUGAUGAAUCACAUAAUGACAAACGAAUAAAUUUUCCAGAACACAACCCAGAUGUUGCGCCCCUUAAAAUAAAUGUCAAUAAAAUCAUACAUCUGCUAGUAAAGGAGGAGGAAUUAAUUGAAGGACGAAAACGAGCGAAUGAAUUAGAAAAAGAAAACUUUGAUGUACAAUCACGUUUAGCUAAAAAAGAACAAGAACUUGAUUUGCGGAUGCAGGAGAAAGAAGACUUAGAAACAGGUCUAUCACGCAUAAGAGAGCGUUUGGAAAAAGAAUCAGCUUAUCACUCACAAGCUGUACAACGCGCACAAAUUGCUGAAAUGAAAUCUGAAGAGUUACAACAUCGUCUCAUAAAUGAGCAACAAGAACGCGCACGACUAGAACGUUUAGUAACUGAGGGCAGCAUACCAGAUGAUCAAAAGGUAGCCGGACUAAUAGGUUGUAAUGUGACAUGUACACCACAAUCACCUCCUAUGAAGAUUAUACCUCCACCACCACCACCAAUUACAGCAGUACCUCCUCCACCACCACCGUGCCCUGGGGCACCAUCUUUAUUAAUCGCGCAGGCAAUGGCUCCACCACCACCAAAAUCUGAAGUGCCAAAAAAGAAUGUGCCUCAACCCACAAACCCACUUAAAAGUUUUAAUUGGUCUAAAUUACCUGAUGCUAAAGUGCAAGGUACAAUUUGGAAUGAAUUGGAUGAAUCUAAAUGGUAUACAAACAUAGAGUUAGAAGCGAUAGAUAAGCUUUUUUCAGCUUACCAGAAAAAUGGUGUGUCGGUGCAGAACGAUGGUUCCAUUGAAGACUUGCCUGUAAUGGGCAAGCACCGUGCUAAGGUUAUUUCUGUUAUAGAUGGUCGGCGUGCUCAAAAUUGCACGAUAUUGCUGAGUAAACUAAAAAUGUCCGAUGAAGAAAUAUCUAAAGCAAUUUUAUCAAUGGAUUGUAAUGAGCAAUUAGCACUUGACAUGGUUGAACAAUUGUUAAAAUUCACACCAUCAGCAGAGGAAAGAGGUUUAUUAGAUGAGCACAGUGAAGAUAUUGAAUCACUAGCGAGAGCUGAUCGUUUUUUGUACGAGAUUUCUAAAAUAGCACAUUAUGAACAACGUCUAAAGAGCUUACAUUAUAAAAAACGUUUUAUGUUUACGGUAAAUGAUCUUAUUCCACGCAUUACUAGUAUAAUGGAGGCAUCGCGUGAAGUAGCACGAUCCAGACGAUUAAGAAAAUUACUGGAAUUAGUUUUAGCACUAGGUAACUAUAUGAAUCGCGGUGCACGAGGUAAUGCAUCUGGUUUUCGCCUAGCUUCGCUCAAUCGUCUUGCUGAUACGAAAUCAAGUGCUGCUAAGGGUACAACUUUGCUACACUAUCUAGUGCAAGUAAUCGAUAGAAAAUUUAGAGACUUACUAAAACUAGAAGACGAUAUACCACAUGUUCGUGAAGCCUCCAAAGUUUCUUUAGGAGAAAUGGAAAAAGAUAUUCAAACAUUGCGCACUGGGUUAGCAGAAUUGGUGCGUGAAAUUGAGUUUCAUCGAGCAUCAGGACCAGCGCAACAAAGUGAUCGUUUUCUACCUGUGAUGCGUGAAUUUCAUGCUACUGCUUCAGUAAGAUUUGCUGAAUUAGAAGAUAGGUUUCAGGAUAUGAAAACGCGCUUCGAUCGUGCUGUAAGACUAUUUGGAGAAGAUGGCUCUAUAUUGCAACCUGAUGAAUUUUUCGGUAUUUUCGACGCAUUUCUUUCUGCUUUUUCUGAAGCUAAGCAGGAUAAUGAAAAUUUCCGCAAAAGACAAGAAGAAGAAGAAAAACGUGCGAAACAAGAAGCGGAACUUAAAAGACGAACUUUAGAGCGUAAAAAUAAGGAAGGGCUUAUAUCCUCUGUUGCACGCAAUUUGGGUUUCAAGUCACCAACCAAUGGAGACUUGCCGAUUAAAGGCGAUAAUAAAGGUGAAUUUGAUGAUUUAAUUUCAGCGUUACGUACCGGCGAUGUAUUUGGUGAAGAUAUGGCCAAAUUCAAGCGAUCGCGUAAAUCUCGACUUAAUAGUGUCAGUAUUUCUCCUCCAAAGCAUGGACUGCAUCGCGAAGAAAGUCGAGAACGUACAAUUAGAAAACAAUAAAUAAUAUUUCGCAGUUUUAUUUCAGUAUUCAAGAUUUCUGUAGAUUUAGAGUAACAUAUUUUAUUGAAAUUGUUUCAAGAUUUUAAACUUGAUUGGUUUAUUGCUGUUUCGAAUUUCAAACAAUAUUGUAAAGAAUUGUCUUACUCAAAUGUUUAUAAAUUUUAACUGAAUAAAGCUUUUUUUUCUUCCGAAA